CACAAAAUUCAUGGCUGAUAUCAUAUCCUUGUUUUUGUUUCGACACUUUGACCACAAUUUUUUUUUCAACCAACACAAAAGACCAUAAAAACACCAUGAUGUUCGGAAAAUCCACCCUUGUUCUCGCCGCCCUUGUUGCCGGGGCCAGAUCCGAUUGGUCUGCAACCAACUGGCAAGCGAACGUAGACAAAGCCAUGGACAUGGCCAGCGCGUACCAGAGCAUCAAUUGGGAAGACGGUAACUGGCAAGGAAACUCCCAGAAGGCCCAGGAAAUUGCCAUGUCAUGGAAAGCCAACAACGAAACGGACGACGAGCUGCUCGAAGUGAGCGACGAAAUUCUGGAAUUGCUCAAGAACACCACUGACGAAGAGGAAGACGAAACCGUUCCCUCUUCCGCUCCGGCCUUUGGCACCGUGGCCGCUGCGGUGUCCACCGCCCUGCUUGCGACCACCCUUGCGUCUCUCUAGGGUGGCCAUGUCGGGCGUGGCGUGGCCGAGAUUCGAUGCGAAUCGACUCGACUCGAUUCGAUUCUCUGUGCGCUGUUGUCCGGGGGGAUGCAAUGCCCCUCCUCAUGCUCGUCUCGCACACACCACACCAAGCGUGGGCCUACCGUACGCUCGGUUCGGAGGUUUGUUGGAGGUAGCGUCGGUACUACCCGCUGAACCCGAGCCGGGAUCGAUCCAUCCAUCCGUGUGUGCGAUGCUGCCCAAUUCAUAAUGUCUAAAACAAAUCACUUAACCACCU